AGACUCUCCAUGUGACAGAGAGCGGGGUUCCAGCUCCAGGCGCCGCCCGACUCUGAAUACAGAUCCCAAGCACUGUCCACUGUCCCGGAGCCAACAGACGCCAGCUCGCGGGGAACGCUUGGUGUUUGGGUGUACCUCCAUAGGACCUGAGGUGUGGAGUGAACUGCUGACUCCAGGGCAGGUGCCCGAGGGACCCCGCCGAGACCUCGAGAUCUCCAGAGAGAGAGGAGCAGCGAGGCGAGAUUUCUGUCAGCGCCCGCGCCCCCGAGCGCGGAAUCAUGAACGGCUUCACGCCAGAGGAGAUGAGCCGGGGAGGGGAUGCGGCCGCUGCAGUGGCCGCCGUGGUCGCCGCCGCCGCCGCCGCCGCUGCAGCUUCGGCUGGGAACGGAGCCGGGGCGGGAGCAGGAACUGAGAUGCCCGGCGCCGGAGCAGUCUCGGCGGCUGGACCACCAGGAGCAGCUGGGCCGGGCCCAGGGCAACUGUGCUGUCUGCGGGAGGACGGUGAGCGGUGCGGCCGGGCGGCAGGCAACGCGAGCUUCAGCAAGAGGAUCCAGAAGAGCAUCUCCCAGAAGAAGGUGAAGAUCGAACUGGAUAAGAGCGUAAGGCAUCUUUACAUCUGUGAUUAUCAUAAAAACUUAAUUCAGAGUGUUCGGAACAGAAGAAAGAGGAAAGGGAGUGAUGAUGAUGGAGGAGAUUCGCCGGUUCAAGAUAUUGAUACUCCGGAGGUUGAUUUAUACCAAUUACAAGUAAAUACACUUAGGAGAUACAAAAGACACUUCAAACUACCAACCAGACCAGGACUUAAUAAAGCACAACUUGUUGAGGUGAAUAAAGUACAAAGAGAAUGAGUGGGAGAACUUGCUACAGCAUCAACAAAGACCGAGAAGGUAAUCAAUUCUACUUUCCUUCCAUUUGCCAUUGAUAUUUUGCUAUCAUUUCUUUAUAAAGAAAAGGAAAGAUUAGGUGAUUUCAAAACCUUAUAAUCAGAUCAAAAAAUUCAUUCCUCUGAUUUGAGUGGGAUGGAUCAUGAAGUUUAAAUCUACAGGGAAGACACGGAAGAUUAAAGAUUUCUUAUAAAGUCAAUAAAUAAGUUUCUAGCUUUCAUAGGGAAAGGAGACAUGUUAAACUGCUCUCA